GGCUCAGGUCCAACAGCAGUCAGAAAGAACUGAUACAAGUCUACAACACUCACACUCACGCUCACACUUACGCUACGCACCUCUCUAAUCCUCCUCACCAUGAGCCUCCCCUCUCUUCAAAAGUACCACAAAGCCCCCUACCCGGCCAUCGACCCCAAGCGUCCAGAACUCAGCCAGGCCGGGAAGACCGUCCUCAUCACAGGCGGCAACACCGGCAUCGGCUUCGCCAUAGCCCGAGCCUUCACCGCGGCAUCUGCCAAACGCGUCAUCCUCACGGGCCGCCGUCCGGACGUGGUUCGGGACUCCGCCGCCCAACUCGCCCGGGAAGCCGAGCAGCUGGGCUCACCUACCGUUGCCGACGGGCGCGUGUGCGACGUCUCCUCGCUCGAGGCGUCCGGGAAGCUCUGGGCCGAUCUCCAGGCGGAGGGGAUCGUGGUUGACGUUCUCGUGCUGAAUGCGGCGGCCAUGGGGGCGCAGAAGAGUAUUCUCGAGAACGGAAGGGAUGGCGUCUGGCAGGAUUUCCUGGUGAACGUGCGGACGCCGCUUGAUUUUGCAGAGCGGUUGUAUAAGCAGCCUGGUCAAGGGACAAGACAAAAGUUCAUCGUCAACGUUUCGACCAUCGCUUCCUACAUGUGGACGACCAUGGGGGGCGAUAGACCCACGUACGGUCUCACCAAGCUCUCGGGGAACGCGGUCGUCCAGCAAAUCGCCAGAGAUGUGAAGCCGGAGGUGAUGCAGAUUGUCAGCUUCCACCCCGGUGGCAUCCUGAGCGAGUCGGCACGUAAACACAUUCCCGAGCAAGUGAUUAACAGCAUGGUGUGGGACGAUGAAAAUUUACCCGGCCGCUUGGCUGUCUUUCUGGCCUCUCCAGAGGCCGAGUUCCUUCACGGUCGCUUCAUCUGGUCGAACUGGGAUGUCGAAGAGCUGAAGACCGGCGUUGUCGGGGAGCAGAUCAAGAAGGAACCGCAUUUCCUCAAGGCCGGUAUCGAGGGUUUGUCGGAGAGCAUGCUUCCACCGAAGUUUUAGUCGCGUGGGUUGGGUGUUGCCAGUUGGGUUGGAAAUAAUAAGCGCCCUGCACAUUGUAUUACAUGCGAAUAGGGCGUAAAUUAUGGUAUAAUUUUAGUACCUUACGUAAGGUAGGAGCACGCGGCACGGGCG